AUGAUCGGCUGGAAAAUCGAAUAUUGUACGGUGGCCGACGCCGCUGCCCUGGCGCGCAAUAACAUGGCCGCCUUUUGGGAGGACCCGACGUGGAUCGUCCUGUGGCCCAAAGACAUCACACUGGAGUUCCUUAUCGAACAGUCCACGAAACGGCAGGCACGCAACCUCCUCCGCUCGCGAGAGGAUACUCGCCACCAGAAGGCCGUCGAUCCCGUCACCGGUGCGGUAGUCGGGUAUGCGCGCUGGAUCCUGCCACCGGGCCAUGUGACUGCUGCGGACGGGGGGCCCAUGUGGGCCGAGGCGCAAGUUCCUGACGUCGGCGAGGAGGAGCGGAAACACUACGAGGAACUGGCGGCAUCUGCAUGGUGGAAUCCGAGAGAGGGCAUGGGCGAGAUUGAUGCGAAGAAUGAGUUGGUGAUGGAACGCAUCUUGGCCGAGAGGCCGUAUAUCACAUUGGAUUAUCUAGCGGUCCAUCCGGAAAAUAAAGGCAAGGGGAUUGCCACGGCGCUCGUGGAGAGUGGAAUCCAGCGUGCGGAGAAAAUCGGGCUUCCUAUCUUUACUCUGGCGUUCAAGGCAGGCCGAGGAAUCUAUGAGCGAUUGGGAUUCAAGGAGGUGGAGCGCGUCAUACAGGAUGACACCAAAUAUGGCGGACAGGGCGAAUACGGUGCCUACUUUAUGGUGUACGAUGUUUCCCGGAACCCAGAAGAGGCAUAG